GUCUUGAUGCAGAACUUUAUUAUGUGAGAAAUGACCUUAUUAGUCACCACGCUCUGUCCUUUAACCUGUUAGUGCCCAGCGAGACAAACUUCCUGCACUUCACGUGGCACGCAGAGUCCAAGGUUGAAUAUAAGCUGGGAUUCCAAGUAGACAAUUUUGUGGCUAUGGACAUGCCCCAGGUCAACAUUUCUGUUCAGGGGGAAGUUCCACGCACUUUAUCAGUGUUUCGGGUCGAGCUUUCUUGUACUGGCAAAGUAGAUUCUGAAGUUAUGAUACUUAUGCAGCUCAACUUGACAGUAAAUUCUUCAAAAAAUUUUACAGUCUUAAAUUUUAAACGAAGGAAAAUGUGCUACAAAAAACUUGAAGAAGUAAAAACUUCAGCCUUGGACAAAAACACUAGCAGAACUAUUUAUGAUCCUGCACAUGCAGCUCCAACCACAUCCACACGCGUGUUCUAUAUCAGCGUCGGGGUUUGCUGUGCGGUCAUCUUCCUUGUAGCAAUAAUCUUAGCUGUUUUGCACCUUCACAGUAUGAAACGGAUCGAACUGGAUGACAGCAUCAGCGCCAGCAGUAGUUCCCAAGGGCUGUCUCAGCCGUCCACCCAGACGACUCAGUAUCUGAGAGCUGACACACCCAACAAUGCGACUCCUAUCACCAGCUCCUCAGGUUAUCCUACCUUGCGGAUAGAGAAGAACGACUUGAGAAGUGUCACUCUUUUGGAGGCCAAAGCCAAGGUGAAGGACAUAGCGAUAUCCCGGGAGAGGGUAACCCUGAAAGAUGUACUCCAAGAAGGUACUUUUGGGCGUAUUUUUCAUGGAAUUUUAGUAGAUGAAAAGGAUCCAAAUAAAGAAAAACAGGCAUUUGUAAAAACAGUUAAAGAUCAAGCUUCUGAGGUCCAGGUGACGAUGAUGCUCACCGAGAGCUGCAAGCUUCGCGGCCUCCAUCACAGAAAUCUUCUCCCUAUCACUCACGUGUGCAUAGAAGAAGGAGAAAAGCCCAUGGUGGUAUUGCCCUACAUGAACUGGGGGAAUCUUAAAUUGUUUUUACGGCAAUGCAAGUUAGUAGAGGCUAAUAAUCCACAGGCAAUUUCUCAGCAGGACCUGGUGCACAUGGCCAUCCAGAUCGCCUGUGGGAUGAGCUACCUGGCCCGAAGGGAAGUCAUCCACAAGGACCUGGCGGCUAGGAACUGUGUCAUUGAUGACACACUGCAAGUUAAGAUCACAGACAAUGCCCUCUCCAGAGACUUGUUCCCCAUGGACUAUCACUGCCUGGGGGACAAUGAAAAUAGGCCAGUUCGGUGGAUGGCUCUGGAAAGCCUGGUUAAUAACGAGUUCUCGAGCGCUAGUGAUGUGUGGGCCUUCGGAGUGACGCUGUGGGAGCUCAUGACCCUGGGCCAGACGCCCUAUGUGGACAUUGACCCCUUCGAGAUGGCUGCAUACCUGAAAGACGGCUACCGGAUAGCCCAGCCGAUCAACUGUCCGGAUGAGCUAUUUGCUGUGAUGGCCUGUUGCUGGGCCUUAGAUCCAGAGGAGAGGCCCAAGUUCCAGCAGCUGGUACAAUGUCUCACGGAGUUCCAUGCCGCCCUGGGAGCCUACGUCUGACUCCUCCCUCGUAGGCACAGCCUCAGGAGGAAGCCCGUCGGGCUCCCUGGCAGCCUGUGGGGACCCUCGGAGGGGAGCACAACGCCGGCAGGAGCACGCCUGUCUUCCAGCACCCUGUGGGGACCCUCGGAGGGGAGCGCAACGCCGGCAG